AUGAAAUGUGUGAAUGGAAGUGGAGUGACAGAAUUCAUUCUUCUCGGACUCACCACUGAUCGCAAUACCCAACUCAUGCUAUUUGUAGUGUUCCUGACAAUCUACAUGGCCACUCUGGCUGGCAACGUCCUUCUCAUCGUGACUGUAAAAACUGAUAAUCGUCUUCACAGCUCAAUGUAUUUAUUUCUCGCUAAUCUGUCUUUUAUGGACGUAUGUUACACCUCAAUCAUUGUUCCCCGAAUGCUUGCAGAUUUCGUAACCAACAGAAAAAGCAUUUCAUUAAUGGGUUGUCUUAUCCAGAUUUAUUUUUACCUUUUCCUGGGAGAAAGUGAAUGCAUCCUUUUGGCCUUUAUGGCGUAUGAUCGAUAUGUUGCAAUUUGUAACCCCCUACGCUACAACAUAAUUAUGAAUAUGAUUGCCUGUGCUCGUAUGAUCAUUUUUGCAUGGAUGACUGGUUGUGCUAUAUCAUCAGCAGAUAUUUAUGUUACCUACAGGUUAAAAUACCGUGGUACUAACAUAAUUGAUCACUUCUUCUGUGAGGCUCCAUCCUUGAUGCAGUUAUCCUGUAGCGACGUCUCUGCAAAUAAGGUAUUGCUGUUAGCUGGUGGUGCUUUGCUACUUAUUCUUCCAAUGAUUCUUAUUUUAUGUUCUUACAUUCAGAUUAUUGUUUGUAUCAUAAGAAUACGUUCGGGGGGCUCUAAAUCAUUCUCCACCUGUUUCUCACACCUGAUUGUGGUGGUCCUUUUUUAUGGAACAGCGAUGUUCACAUACAUGCGACCGAGGCAUUCAGUAACAGAUGCAGCAGAUAAACUGGUUUCCGUAUUUUAUACAAUAAUUACCCCUAUGCUAAACCCUUUGAUUUAUAGCCUAAGAAAUAAAGAUGUACAAAGAGCUAUGGGAAGAAUAGGAAGAAUAGGAAGAUGA